AGUUGCAUUACAGACUGAAGACAUGUGCUCUGCAAAGUUGUCACAUAAUCUGCCAUGGUUUCUCUGAUGAUAGAGGUGCCUACAUUUAGAUCACUGAGUGCAGUAUGCUGGAUUCUUAGAAGUGUAAGGACUUGCUGCUUCACCUGGAGAAGCACUUUGCAUUCCUGGAUGACGGAUUAUUCCAGUUCUGGAGUACUUAUUUCACAUUUCACUGAAUGAAAAAAUAAACCUGUCUUAAAGAUCGCAUAUACCAAAAAUGGCAUACAUUUCUGUUGACAGAGAAAUGGAAUGUUUUAAAGAAGGCAUGAACCUUGAUAGCACAGAUGAAUCAGAUACAAAAGCCAGUGAAGACAUUUUAGAGAAAAUGGACGAUUAUCAGUUUGUAAGAUAUGUGGAGAACCAUUGCAUUAAUUUGCAAAAUUCACUUGGUAUCAGAGAAGAUGAAUUGAACGAACAAGGCACAAAGAAUCCUUUAUUACGGGAGAAAUCGUUUGAACAUGAAAUACUCCUCGAUGUGGAUGAUGAUUUCAACUUAAAUUUUAAUGAUGUAUGUGAUUCCUAUAUCAUCUGCCUUUCUCAGUCAUCAGCAGAAGAUGUUGGUUUCAACAUUACAGCAGACGCUGUUUACAAGAUUGAAAAUGAGCACGUUGAAAGUGAUGAAGAUGAAAGAAUAAAAACUGAAAAUAUUAACUAUGAACAUGAAGAAAUUCACUGUUCUAUUUAUUCUGACAUACUCGAUGAAACAAAAAGCAAUUUAGAAGGCAACAACUGUCAGGACACAGCUGCCAGUAUCAGUGAUGAGGAACAGGAAGAGCUGCCUUAUGAUGGUAACUUAAAGAACGUUAGUGGACAUAAUACAGGCACGAGGAUUGAUUCAGCUGGCCAUCUGCCACCAUUAUCCACUCUUGUUGGGAACCUAUCGGGUCAUGGAUCUACUGGUGAAAUAAGUCAAAAUAUUCCACUUGGAGACCAAAGGUCAAUUGUGAAAAAUAUGUUCUCCAUUGAAUUGAAUGCAAAAGUGGAUACUUCUAGUCAUGAAAAUAAAAGGGAAUUUGGUGCUAUUACAUCAGAGCAGCCAGUUGAUAUGUCGAUAUCUGGACAUGGAACUAAAGUAGAAAAUAGCUUUGGGCUUGGUGGUGGAAGAUCGAAUAUUGCCGAAUCAGUUCUACAUUACUUCUUUGAAGACGACCAAGCACUUAGUUCAUCUAAGUACAUUGAUUCUGAGACUCUACCAGAAAUCUCUUUUACAGAAAGUAUUGAAGAGACUGUAAUGAUCCACCACUUUUCACCAAAUUCCAAUGCAAAUUCCAGGAAUGAUUUAUUCACAAAGAAUAACACAUUUUCUAAAUCCGAAAGUGAUAUCUCAAAGAUGGAUGGAAAGCUUGGAAUGAAACAACAAUUAGUGGAGGUCAAAGAUGAUUGUCACUACUACAAAUCUGCUGAGGUGAAUGGGGGAAAAAGUAGCACCUGCAAAACAAAGACAAGUUGUCCAGAGACUCCACCAAAAAUAAUAGAAGAAAAGAAUGUACAAGCACUGCUUGGUAGUAAAACAGUAUCAGAAAUUGCUCAAAAUCCUAUGUUAAAAAUGGGCAGAACAAUUUCUGGCAAUGAAAUCAAGUAUGGCAAAGGAAAACAACAUUAUCCGAAACUUGACUUUUCCAAAAUUGGCCCCAAGGUCAAAAUUCCUAAAAUGAAUGCUUACACUAAUUAUAACUGUCCAAGAUUAAGAUUAAAUAAAGUAAAACCUUCAUCCAGCUCAUCAAAAAAAAACCAUGCCAUUCAUAAUUCAGCAGUAGAUGGAAUGCAAAACAAAUUAGAUAAUGCACAAUUUUCAGUCAUUGCUACCACAGAAGUUAAUAGCAAAAAACACCACGUAGAAGUGAAUCAGAUCCCUGAACAUUUCCAACAAUUGCAGGUAAUAUAAGGUUUAUGAUCUGUAAACAGAUGUGUGCACUGUACUAUACACUUAAUGAGGUCAAUGGCAGGACCAUAUCUAAUUGGUUCACGAACAUCUGAGAUACCACCAGCUAUUCAUAACCUAACCAAAUUGCCACUGUGCACGGGGGCCAAGAGUAGUGUCUUGAAUCAGGUGGUCCCUGUUUUAGUUCUGACCCAGGGCAGACCUUUCUAAUUCUUCCUAUAUUCACAAUGUCUAAUUUGGCAAUUUAGUCUAAUUUUACUUGAACAGUGGUAGUU